AUGACACAAUCUACUGCCUUGAAAACGAUCACUCCCCAAGAUUCCACAGCUCUUCCAAAUAUUAUUGUUAUAGACUUCACAGCUUCAUGGUGUGGUCCCUGCCGACACAUGGAGCCUAUCAUCAAUGACUUUGCUGCUAAAUAUACCGACGUUGAGUUCAUCAAGAUUGAUGUGGAUGAACUGGCUGAUGUAGCUCAAGAAUAUGGGGUGCAAGCAAUGCCAACAUUCGUGCUGAUUAAGCAAGGGAAAAUAGUUGACAAACUUGUGGGAGCAGAUAAAGAUGGGCUGCAGAAGAAGAUUGAAAUAAACAGAGCUUAAGA